UCCAGAUUUUCCCCAGACAAUCACACGAGAUGGCCAAGACCCCGAGCAAGAAGUCCGCCAAGGCCCCGAAGAAGACGGGCGAGAAGGGCAAGGCCAAGAAGGGCAAGCGCGUCGAAUCGUACUCGACGUACAUCUACAAGGUCCUCAAGCAGGUGCACCCGGAGACCGGUAUCUCGAAGCGUGGCAUGUCGAUCAUGAACUCGUUCAUCAGCGACAUCUUCGAGCGCAUUGCGUCCGAGGCCGGCAAGCUCUCGCGCUACAACAAGAAGUCGACCUUGUCCUCGCGCGAGAUCCAGACGGCCGUGCGCCUCAUGCUUCCUGGUGAGCUGGCCAAGCACGCUGUCUCGGAAGGCACGAAGGCCGUGACCAAGUUCACGUCGUCGGCGGCAUAAACGUCUCUGUAUUUAUAUAUGCCUAUGUACUCUACUUGCUUCAUGAGUCCAGCAAAAUCACA